AUGCUGUUGUUGCUCGAUAGGUAUCACCAAUCUGUUGCUUUUAAAGACAUGGUCAUUGCAGUCAGGACAAAGAACACACAGACUGUCAGUGAUUAUAGCUGUAACGGGCGUCAUGUGUUUACACAGACAAGGGAGCUUGAGCGACCGCUUGUUGGUUCGAUUUUACAGAGCAUGUGGGGAGUGUCACCAACCCAUAUGCUGUGGAGCCCUAGGCACAAUACUACAUUGGUGGAUUACACAUGGAGUGUUGGGCAGACUCCGUUUGGGCCGUUCUCUGAGCUGCACAUGGUGGGGAAAGAAAGCUCCUUAAAAGUAGUCGACAUGUUGAGUUCGUACAAAGGUCCUCAGAUCACGACCUAUAUGCCAUCCACUCUCUUGUCUAUCAUGCCUCCCAAGAAGUGGAGGCGUCCCUUAUAUGUUUCAAGGAUCCACCAGUUCCGUGGACUGGGAUCUGGUUGA